UUUUUUUUGCAUUAAAUCAUUCUUUUUUUUUAAUUUACAGGUUAAAAUGAAGAGAUGACAUUGAAUGCUUGUUGGAGGUUGAAUGAUUUCUUGUCGAACAAAGUUUUGUACUUCAUUGCGGCCGAGCUUAAAGCUCCUUGUAAGACAUAUUCACAAUAAGCAAUAUUUGAGGACAGCCAGUGAAGUGUGUCAUCCACUCAGACAUAACUCCAUUCCUUCUUUUCCUCUCCAUAUCCCUGACUUCAAACACCCAUAUCACUGGAGAGAUAAUUACAAAUUGCCAUUGUGUGACUGCAACAUUUUUAAUUUCACCAUGGCUGAAAACAAAUUCAUUAUUGGAUAUGCAAAGUUAGGGACUUCAAGUUGUAAAAAGUGUAAACAGAAGAUAGCCAAGCAAAGUCUGAGGAUAGGAAAAGUAGUACCUAAUCCUUUUGGAGACGGAGGUGGGGAUAUGAAACAGUGGCAUCAUCCCGCAUGCAUCUUUGAAACAUUUAAAAGAGCCAGAGCAUCAACAAAGAUAAUCGAGGAGCCUGAUGAUUUGGAAGGCUUUACAGACUUACAAGAUGAGGACAAGAAGCUAGUUAACAAACUCAUUAAAGAGUUUUUUGAAAGCUCGCCGCAGAAAAAAAAAGCAGCUGGUCAGGCAAAACUGCCUAAAACCGUAACACCGAAGAAAGAAGUUAAGACAGAAGUUCCGACCUCAGCUGUGAGCUCCACCAGAACAGAUGAUGCUGGUGAUGAUGCACCUUCUGGUGCGCCAUCUAGUGGGGAGAAUGGGAAAUCGGAAUUUGAAGAGAAGGACAACUCCUUCCGACAGUUUCGACGGUUGUGUGCAGACAUUGCUGAAGAGAAUAGCUAUAAUGGGAAAACACAACUUGUCUCAAACUACUUGAGAAAGGGAAGCAGAGGAGAUGGUUUCCAAGGCGAUGUUUACCUUUUGAUGAAACUCUUGUUGCCGGGAGUGGUUAAGAGUGUUUAUAACCUGAACAACAAACAGCUCGUGAAGCUGUACAGCCAAGCAUUUGGAACAAGUUUAAAGGACAUGGUGGAAGACCUAGAACAGGGCGAUGUGGCAGAAACAGUUCGGAUAUUUUUCGAACAGAAUAAAGUUAUCCCAGUACCGAAGAAAAGCACUUUGUCAUUACAAGAGGUGGACAGUUUGUUAGAGGAAUUAGCUGGGGUUACCAAAGAAGAGGACCAACAGAAGAUUCUCACCAAAAUAGCCAAAAAGAGCACAGGAAAUGAUUUGAAGAUGAUUGUCAGGCUGAUAAAACACGACAUCAGAAUAAAUGCCGGUGCCAAACAUAUACUUGAUGGACUUGAUGAAAACGCAUAUGCGGCGUUUCAGGCCUCGCGGAAUUUACGAGAUGUUGUAGAUCGGGUUCUGGCGAAUAAGAACGAGAGCAAACCUGGAAUGUCAAAAAAGCUGAGCGUGCGAGCCUCCCUUAUGACUCCAGUCUUACCUAUGCUGGCAGAGGCUUGUCGAUCUGUUGAGCAAGCCAUGAGGAAAUGUCCAAAUGGAUUUUAUGCGGAAAUUAAGUAUGACGGAGAAAGAGUCCAGCUUCACAAGAAAGGGGGAGAUUUCCAGUACUUCAGCCGCAGCUUGAAACCUGUCCUACCACAUAAGGUGAAUCAUUUUAAGGAGUACAUUCCAAAGGCUUUCCCUACAGGUGAUGACCUCAUUCUGGACAGUGAGGUUCUCUUGAUUGACACGCAGACCAGUAAGCCCCUCCCCUUUGGCACUCUGGGAAAACACAAGAAAGAAGCCUUCAAGGAUGCCAAUGUGUGUCUCUUUGUAUUUGACUGUUUACAUAUCAAUGGGGAAAAUCUGAUGGACAAACCAAUCAAGGAAAGACGGAAAAUUCUGCAUGAAGAGAUGAUAGAGAUAAAGAAUCAUGUGAUGUUCUCAGAAAUGCAGUAUAUCAGACAACCUGAUGACCUGAAUGUUCUGAUGACCAAGGUAUUCAGAGAGGGCUUGGAGGGCUUGGUGUUAAAGGAUGUCAAUAGUAUAUAUGAGCCAGGUAAGCGUCAUUGGCUGAAGGUGAAGAAGGAUUACCUGGCUGAGGGAAGCAUGGCAGACACGGCAGAUCUUGUCGUCUUGGGAGGUUACUACGGCUCUGGAAACAAAGGAGGAAUAAUGUCAGUGUUUUUGACUGGUGUCCAUGAUCCAGCUACAGACAAAUGGUGCACUGUGACCAAGGUGGGCAAUGGAUUUGACGACAAAACUCUAGAACGACUUCAGACAGAACUGAAAAUGGUCAAAAUUAGCAAAGACCAAAGAAAGGUACCUGAUUGGCUGAAAAUCAACAAAACCGUCAUUCCGGAUUUUGUGGUGGCUGACCCUAAAACGGCACCAGUUUGGGAGAUCACUGGGGCAGAGUUCAGCAAGUCUGAAAGCCACACAGCUGGGGGUAUUUCAAUUCGCUUUCCUCGCCUGACGAAAUUCAGAGAUGAUAAAGACUGGAAAGAAGCCACCAAUCUACCAAGGUUAAAGGAACUCUUUAAGCAGUCCAAGGAGACAAGUGACUUCCCAAAUUUGGCGAAAGGAAGAAAAGGGAAAUUUGCAAAAAAAGAGGAGACCAAUAAAUCCAGUGAUGAUGACAUCAUGGAAAUUGAUCCAUCAGAGUCCAACUUAUCAUCUCCGCAGAAAACACCAAGAAAAGAAUCAAUGUCAAGUAACAACAGCACACCAGCUAAGGCAAAGAAUGGAGUGGUCACUUCUGGCGAGGGAGAGAAUGAUGCUGGAGAUAAUGUCGGAGUGAAACGCAAAAUAGAUGUGGAGACAGAUUCCCCAAACAAAAAGGCCAAACAGAUAUGUCGCUAUGGAGCGGACUGUUAUCAGGCCAACCCAGAGCAUCGAGAGAAGUACGGCCAUCCCCCAGCUGUUCCAGCAUACUCCCCAAACAAGAAUUUGCCGGAUGUAUUCAGAGGGGUCAAAAUAUAUCUGCCUAGCAACCUGGAGAAGUUUAAAGAGCUGAAGAGAUAUAUUAUUGCAUUUGACGGUGAUGUGGUGUCUGAAGUUGAGAAGUCUGAGGCUACCCAUAUUAUUUCUGACAAAGGAAAAUCGCCUGUUUCUAAGAAUGGAAUUACUGUGUGUGUGACAUCGGCUUGGUUGUGGGCAUGUAUCAGGAAGAAAACCUUAGUCCCAGUGGACAAGUACAAACCCUGAUAUAUGUAGGACUUUGGGAACAAGGCGGAAAUGUGCACAACGUUCAUCUUGUGAUCUGACUGGAGGUUCAUAUAUCAUGAUCAUCUUAUCUCUUGUUUUGCAUGAACUACAGAGGACAUUGCCGUGAUUCAUCCUUAAACGCACAGAUGUAACAAAUUAUUUGGUGUAGAAACGUGUGAAAACCAUAGAAUUUGUGACAAAUAUUUAUAAUACCACUUGCGAUUCAACAGGGUUAGAUUUUUGUAACACUUUGUACGUAUACAUGAUGUCCAAAAGUAUCCUGCUGAAACACAAGACAUGACCCCCCCACCCAGUCACACUAUACUGACACCGGGCCAACCAGUCCUGUUUUCUUGCUUUGACCACAACUCUGAGCACCUAGUUAGGCAGCAUGUACCAUUUUUAAAGUCUUUAAUAUGAUCCAACUCCGGCUUGAUCCCUGGUCUCCUGACUUCAAGCCGGAUGCUCUAACCAUUUGGGCCACUGGAGGGGGUCUCUUAAUAUGACAUACUUUUGAAAUGUUGUUCAAUUUUAAUGAUAUAAUUUGGUUGUGGUUACAGCUUACUAUGGUGGUAUAAGGUUUGAUUUACAUAUUUGAGCAAGUGGAUACAUGUAGUUUAUACACAAAUGUGUAUUUGUAUUAACUGCUAUUUUUGACAAGUGGCAAAUCGUUUUGACACUUGGUCACGUGUUAUGUACCCUGUGUGUGUAGGAAACCAGGUUUAGGUUCCUAACUGUUUGACUUGCGAGAGGAGAAGCAUGAAGUCAGUUAUGUUUGUCUGAGGACUUUUCUAGACAUUGCCAUUUGUCUAGCUGAUAAUUUGGAACUGGAGCUUAUCAAGCUCUGAUGUCUGCUUUAUGCUGGUUUAUCACAUGACCGAGGCUUGUUGACCAAUGAAAACGCUAGAAAACGUGUGAAUUUUUUUGUAUAUAACUGAAUUCCAUUGAUUAUGGAUGGGGGCGACAACACAUACGACAGAAAUGAAGAGGGUUGUGCUCAAUUUACUUUCUAGCCAUUUCAUUGGUCUAGUACUCUGAAACCUACCAUGUCUGACAAGUGAUUGACAGGAUGAAGAGCCAAGAAUAACCAAAUAGUACAGCUGCAGAUGUUAUAAAAAUUGACACACAAACCAUGGAUCCAGCAUAUAUACAGCUAUCUGCAUGAAACAAGUGCCUUCCAAAGUUACCAUCAUCAAAAGUUAAACAGAUUUGACAUUUCACUUCUGUUGGUUCGUGUGUGAUAACUACUACAGCGCUGUACACGUUCUGUUUUUAUACAUCUCUGUAUUCAUCCUGUGUAUAUGUGUAGGUUUUGCUCGACUCCGCAUUGGCGUGAACGUAGUAAAUGUUCAUGCAUGCUACGUUAGCAUUAAUGUUGUCCUCAUUUAGUCUGUGUUGUGUAGGGUACAUGAAAUUUGGACAUUAUGAAUUCAGAAUAAGCAAAAUUAAAUCCAUGAAUUGUUUCAUAUUUGAUUAAGCCAUUCAUUUUUUCAUCUUUCCACACAUCCUAAUGUCAUUAAUCAUUCAUUACAUAGACAAAUAAA